AUGGUGGUUUUCUUAAAGCCUGGGGACCAGAGCCAGGGGCAGAAGGAGCUGCCGCCCCAGGAUUCCCUGGGUGUGGGGUCUGCACCCCGACCUCCGCCGUCGGGCCGGCAGCACCUCGUCUUCCGCCAUCGGACUCGCACCCAGAGCCCCGCCCGCGGGCUCCGCCGCAGGAACGCCCCCGCGGCCCCUCGGGAAUUUCUGCGGACACCCCCGCCCCGCGCCGCCCCCGGGACCCCCGACGCAGACCCCGGAAGGACACCCGGGCCGUCAGCCACCGCCUCUGCGCAAACUGAUUUCUCGGAAAGACGAGCGCUUCGAAGAAGGCCGGCCGGGCCUGCCGCCCCCAUUGGGGGGCGCUGGCGGGGCGCCCGCGCUGAUUGGCCGGCCGCGGCGCGUCUCCCGCGCCCAUUGGCCCGCGCGGCCGCCGCUCCGCGCGCCGGGCCCGCCCCCGCCCUAGACUCGCGCCGGCGCCCCAGCCACGGCCGCAUCCCCGGAGCGCGGCGGCGGGAGCGUGGGAACCCGGCGGCGGCGCCGAAGGCGGGCGGCGGGCUGGGCGCGCGGCGGCAGUCCUGCUGCCCGGAGGAGCGCUUGGGAAGCGCCCAGUGA